GACUUUAUAAGAAAGAGAAUCUAUGUUGGGUCACACAAGAGUCAGUGGCCGUGCUUACCAAGGUAGCUCUUCUCUGCUUACUCCUUAAGAGAGAAGUUUUGGGAAUUGAAAGUCUCAAAAGUCUCUCUCUUCGGUUUUUUGAUCCCUUAAGCCCUCCCAUCAUAAUAGAGUAAUGCCGGACGGAGAGUCCUCCAUUGUGGUGGACGACCAACCCUCCACGGACCCUUCUUUAAGCCUCUCCGAUCAACAACUGUCCCUCGGUCUUUCCCAAGUUGAACUUGACGAUGACGACGCAGUCAAGAAAGAUCCCCGGAAAAUUGCAAGAAAGUAUCAGUUGGAGUUGUGCAAAAAAGCUAUGGAGGAAAAUAUAAUUGUAUAUUUAGGGACAGGGUGUGGGAAAACUCAUAUUGCUGUGCUUCUUAUGCAUGAAAUGGGUCAUUUAAUUCGGAAACCACAGAAGAACAUAUGUGUCUUUCUUGCCCCUACCGUGGCUUUAGUUCAUCAGCAAGCAAAGGUUAUAGCAGACUCUACUGAUUUUAAGGUUGGAAUUUUCUGUGGAAGUUCCAAGCGCUUAAAACGGCGUCAAGACUGGGAGCAGGAGAUUGGACAAUAUGAGGUUCUUGUUAUGACCCCACAAAUAUUACUGCACAACUUAUCUCAUUGUUUCAUCAUGAUGGAAAUGAUUGCACUUUUGAUAUUUGAUGAAUGUCAUCAUGCUCAAGUCAAAAGCAACCAUGCUUAUGCAGAAAUUAUGAAAAUUUUCUACAAUAGUAAUUCUUCAAAGGUUCCUCGUAUAUUUGGCAUGACUGCAUCCCCUGUUGUUGGAAAAGGAGCUUCCAGUGAAGCAAAUUUGGCAAGAAGCAUCAACAGUCUUGAACAUAUGCUUGAUGCUAAGGUUUACUCUGUUGAAGACAAGGAAUUGAAAUCAUUUGUGACCACUCCUGUAAUUAAUAUAUAUCAUUAUGCUUCAACUGCAAGUGGGGAAACUAGCAUGUACUUGAAAAUUGAAGAAAUUAAACGCCAGUGCAUAGCAACCCUUGGUAGAAGUUCAGAAGAUCACCAGAAACGGAUGAAUACAAAGAAACUUCUGAACCGAAUGCAUGAUAAUGUGGUUUUCUGUUUACAGAAUCUUGGCAUUUGGGGAGCACUGCAAGCUAGUCAUAUUCUUCUGAGUGGUGAUCGUUCUGAGAGGCAUGAAUUAGUGGAGGCAGAAGGAAAUUCAAGUGAUGACUCUGUGUGUGACACUUAUCUUGCUCAGGUUGCUGAACUGUUUACUUCACAGUGCAUUAAAGGUGACAAUGUAUCUGAUGAUUUAUCUUCUUCGGAAAUAUUGAAAGAGCCAUUUUUCUCAGCUAAGCUUUUACGACUCUUUGGGAUACUUUCCACCUUUAGGUUGCAAAAGAACAUGAAAUGUAUUAUUUUUGUGAAUCGAAUUGUGACUGUGAGAUCCCUGUCAUGCAUACUUCAGAAGCUCAAGCUUCUAAGACAAUGGAGGAGUGAUUAUCUAGUAGGAGUACAUUCUGGGCUGAAGAGUAUGUCCCGUAAAACCAUGAACAUGAUUCUUGACAAGUUUCGUUCUGGAGAGUUGAAUUUGUUGGUUGCAACCAAAGUUGGUGAAGAAGGACUUGACAUUCAAACAUGUUGCCUCGUCAUACGUUUUGAUCUUCCGGAAACUGUUGCCAGCUUUAUACAGUCAAGAGGCCGUGCACGCAUGCCUCAGUCUGAAUAUGCGUUUUUGGUGGACAGUGGUAAUAAGAAGGAGCUUGACAUAAUUGAUGGUUUUGAGAAAGAUGAAUACCGAAUGAAUAUGGAAGUUACUUUUCGAACAUCUGAUGAGACAUUCAUCAUCCCUGAGGAAAAAAUUUUCAGAGUUGAGUCGACCGGUGCUUCUGUUAGUUCUGGAUAUAGUAUCUCAUUGCUUCACCAGUAUUGUUCAAAGCUUCCACAUGAUGAGUAUUUUGACCCCAAGCCAAAUUUUUAUUUCGUAGAUGAUUCAGAGGGAAUUGUUUGCCACAUAAGAUUGCCUUCCAAUGCACCAAUACACCAAAUCUUCGGUGCACCACAGUUGUCUAUGGAGGCUUCCAAACGAGAUGCUUGCCUGAAAGCAAUAGAAGAACUAUAUAAAUUAGGUGCUUUAAGUAAUUGUCUCUUGCCAAAGGAAGAUGAUGCAGAGCCAGAAGAACAGGUUUCUGGCCCUACUGAUGAAGAUGAAUGUGAAGAUGCCAUCUCAAGAGGGGAAUUACAGGAGAUGCUAGUUCCUUCUGCCUUUGGUCAGUCAUGGACAAAAAAGGAUGAAAUCGUCCAUCUCAACUCGUACUACAUAAAAUUUUGUCCAUGUCCAGUGGAUAGGGUCUACAAAGAGUUUGGUCUUUUCAUCAUGGCCCGUCUUCCAAUAGAAGCUGAGAAAUUGGAACUUGAUCUGCAUCUUGCUCAUGGUCGAUCCGUGAUGACAAAAUUUGUCCCAUUUGGAGUUGUAGAAUUUGACAAAGAUGAGAUUAAGAUGGCAGAGAAAUUUCAAGAAAUGUUCCUCAAAAUUAUUCUGGAUAGAUUAGAAUUUGUUGCCGAGACUGUAGACUUGGGUAUGGCUGCUGAAUCUCAGACACACUCAUCGACCUUCUACCUUUUGCUUCCGGUUGUAUUGCAAGAAUAUGGAAAUGCCAUGAAAGUAGAUUGGAAGACAGUGAAAAGAUGCCUCUGGUCACCAAUCUUCAGGCAUCCACAAUAUACUAUGGACAAAAGAAAAAUCCCUUUUGAUACUCACCUGCAGCUUGCCAAUGGUUACAAAAGUGUAAGAGAUGUGGAGAAUAGUUUAGUGUAUGCACCACAUAAAAGGACAUUUUAUUUUGUCACAAAUAUUGAUUAUGAAAAGACUGGAUUUAGUCUUCAUAAAGAAUCAGGCACUUCAAGCUAUGCGGAUGACUUAAUUGAAAAGUUUUCCAUUCAUCUCAAAUACCCAGAACAGCCGCUUCUGCAUGUCAAACCACUCCCCAAUUUGCACAACCUGCUACACAACCGAAAGCGUGAAGAUGCAGAACCACAGGAGCUGGAUGAAUAUUUAAUUUAUUUACCUCCCGAGCUAUGUGAACUGAAAAUAAUAGGCUUUUCGAAGGAUAUUGGCAGUUCCAUAUCUUUGCUACCCUCAAUUAUGCAUCGACUUGGAAACUUGCUGGUGGCUAUUGAACUAAAGCAAUUGCUAUCUUUUUCUUUUCCCGAGGCAGCCGAAGUUAGUGCCUUUAGAGUUUUAGAGGCUCUCACCACUGAGAAGUGUCAGGAGCGCUUUUCCCUUGAAAGACUUGAAGUACUUGGUGAUGCUUUCCUUAAAUUUGUUGUUGCACGCCAUUUUUUUCUCAUGCAUGACAGCUUUCAUGAAGGAGACCUAACAAAAAGGCGUUCCAAUGCUGUAAAUAAUUCCAAUUUGUUGAAGUUGGCCAUUGGGCGCAAUUUGCAGAUCUAUAUAUGCGAUCAGAUAUUUGAUCCCUCUCAAUUUUAUGCAUUAGGCCGUCCUUGCCCAAGAAUUUGUUGUAAAGAAACUGAAGAAAGCAUACACUUUUGUGCAAAUUCUGUUAAGGAGCAAGGAAAAGUAACUGAAAACCGAUGUAACAAAAAUCAUCAUUGGCUACAUAAGAAAACAGUUGCUGAUGUGGUGGAAGCUCUGGUUGGAGCAUUCCUAGUUGACAGUGGCUUUAAAGCCGCAAUUGCCUUUCUUACUUGGAUUGGCAUACAAGUUGGUUUUGAAGCUUCACAAGUGGUUGAUAUUUGCAUAGCAAGUGCUGGCUAUUUCCCUCUUUCUUCUGAUGUAGACAUUCCUUCUCUUGAAAGUAAGCUAGGACAUCAAUUUUUACAUAAGGGUCUGCUUCUCCAGGCAUUUGUGCACCCUUCUUACAAUAAGCUUGGAGGAGGCUGUUAUCAGCGAUUGGAGUUUCUUGGAGAUGCUGUCCUGGAUUAUUUGAUUGCUUCAUAUCUAUUCUCAGCUUAUCCCAAACUAAAACCUGGUCAAUUGACAGAUUUGAGAUCAUUGUCGGUUAACAACAAGGCAUUUGCCUGUGUAGCAGUAGAUCGCUGUUUUGAUAAAUAUCUUUUAUGUGAUUCAAAUGGAUUGUCUGAAGCGAUAAAAAAGUAUGUAGACUACGUUCGAAGUCCUUCAACAGAUAGUGGCAUUAAAGAAGGGCCAAAAUGUCCCAAGGCACUGGGUGACGUAGUGGAAUCUUGUGUUGGUGCCAUCCUUCUAGAUACUGGGUUCAAUUUGAACAAAGUUUGGAAAAUUAUGACUUCAUUCUUGGACCCAAUCAUGAAAUUCUCAUCAAGCUUGCAGCUGAGUCCUAUUAGGGAUUUGCGAGAACUUUGCCAAGCUCAUAAUUUGGAGUUGGAGUUUCUGCCAGUGCCAUCAAAACUGACUAAAACGUUUACAGUUGAAGCGAAAGCAAGUGGGAAUAAUGUAUGUGAAACAGCAUCAGCGACUGGCCAAAAUAAAAAGGAGGCUUGUAGAAUUGCUUCACUGAUACUUUUUUCAAAGUUCAAGGCUCAAGGCUGGAAAGCAAAGUCAAAAACUUUGGAAGAAGUUCUGGAAUCAACUUCUAAAAUGGAACCAAAACUUAUUGGCUAUGAUGAAACUCCCAUUGAUGUAACUUAUACCAAUACUGCCAAGCAUAUAAUGGUAACUGGAGACUUGUACAGCAAAUCAAACUCAGAAAUUCGACGAAUCCCAGAUACAGAUGAAAUAUGCUCUCCAUGCGUGAAACCUGUUGGUCAACUGCUUCAAUCUUCUAUGAGGGAAAAGCUCGGUGGAAUAUUUGAAAAUCAUUGCAGUAGUGAAUCAUCAGGGGCAGGAACUUCAAGAUCACGACUGUAUGAAUUGUGUGCUGCUUAUUGUUGGAAACCUCCUUCAUUUGAAUGCUGCAAAGAAGAGGGACCAGAUCACCUCAAACAAUUCACUUACAAGAUGACCUUGGAGAUAGAAGAGAUCCCUGAUACAAUUUUAGAGUUUGUUGGUGAACCUCGAUCAAAAAAGAAAGAUGCUGCAGAGAGUGCGGCUCAGGGUGCAUUUUGGUACCUGCAACAGAAAGGCUACUUUGCCUAGUGGUAGUUGACAUGUUGCAGACAUAAGUCUGAGGUAAUUUAUCCUAGUUAAUGUCUUCAUUAUUGAGGGUGUCAUUUCCAAUUUCUGAAUGAUCUCAUUGUUUAGGUAAUAUAUUGGAAAGUAUAAUUUAUAAAUAUGUUUGUUGUGGUCUCAUAGUUAGAUCUUCAACUUGUAUGUAAACUGCACCUCAAAUAUAAUCCUGAAUUUUCUUCUAUUCAUUUGAAAUGUAAAUGAUCACUGUUUGACCGUUGCUCUA